ACUGAAUAGAGGUCAAACCCUGUUUUUCUCUCCGUUAUCUUCUUCUCGUUAUUCUGAGAGAAACCACGACAACGACGGCCAAGGUCCGUCUCUCUCCGCCGCCCUCUCUCUCUCCCCCAAACUCCUCGACUUGUUCUAUUCCCUUCAAGCCCCAAAACCAGCCGAUAAUAGGGUUUUGAAUCACCUAUCAUCGCUCGCAGAGAGAGAGAGGGAGAGAGAGAGAGAGAGAGAAAAGUGGGGUUGAUUGAAGAAAUGCGAGUGUUGGGGAACAAGAGUGAUGUUACUUCGGCGUUUCAGAUGGAUCAUUGCAUUCAAUCCCCAUAGAAUCUCUUCUGCUUCUUCUUCAUCUACCGAUUCCCCUGAAAAUUUGCUUAAUGAUGUGAAUCAUCUUCCUCCCUUGCCUCCCCGACCACCACCGCCGCCGCCUCCGCCACCUCCUCCGCCGCGGCGAUACCUUCCUAAAGCCGCCAACCAGCCAAUGCUCGAUGCCGUUCAUGAGGUCGCCAUCUACAUUCAUCGCUUCCACAAUCUCGACCUCUUCCAACAAGGAUGGUAUCAGAUUAAGAUUACGAUGAGAUCGGAGGACAAUAACAACGCUUCUAUCGCUACUCCGGCUAGAGUCGUUCAAUAUCAAGCCCCUGAUUUGGGUUCUGAUGAUGUAUAUGGAGUGUGGAGGAUUGAUGAUGUGGAUCACAGUUUCUCAACACCGCCUUUCCGGAUCAAAUAUGCGAGGCAGGAUGUCCUUCUAUCUGUCAUGAUCUCAUUCAACCUAUCUAUUGCUAAAUAUGAGGGUUUAUCCACUUCUGCUGUCCUUUUGAAAUUUGAGCUUAUGUAUACGCCUGUAUUGGACAGUGGGCCUGGUUUGCAGGAUUCUCUGGAUUUAUGCUCUACUGCAGUCCAUGAAUUUCGAAUUCCUCCUAAAGCACUUUUUGGUCUGCAUUCUUAUUGCCCUGUCCAUUUUGAUGCUUUCCAUUCCGUGCUUGUUGAUAUCACUGUACACAUCAGCCUAUUGAAGGGUGGUAUUCACACCCUACCGAAGGUACCCAGUGACUCUUCUGAUGUUGAAGAGGUUGAAGAUUUUACCGGUGAAAUUUUUGACAAGUCAAAGCAAGCCAUGCUUGUUAGAGCAUUACUAACUGCCCGAGACAUACUGCUGGAAGAGCUAGAAAAACUCGGCAAAGCAAUUAAUCAAACGAUUGAUUUUACUGAUUUUACUUCCAAACUGGAUGAUUCAAGUUUGUUUGGGUUUUCUCUGCAAGGAGGUGUGGAGACUGCACGUGCUGAAGUUUCAGCAGAAGCACCCACCGCCCCACAAAUGGGUUCUGAGAAACCAAAUGGUAUGGUUGAUUUUCGGAGCAAUGAGUUUUUCAAUUCCUUAUCCCAGGAUGAACUCUUGAACUCUUUCCAUUCACUUGGGAGUCAAUUAUUGUAUUUGUGGAACGUGUUUCUGAAAUUCCACAGGGCUAAUGAAAGAAAGAUUUUGGAGUUUCUGCGAGAUGCAUGGGCUCAUGACAGGAGAGCUGAAUGGUCAAUUUGGAUGGUAUACUCUAAGGUGGAGAUGCCUCACCACUAUAUAAGUAGUGAGGUUGAUGACUCCUACUAUGGUGUCCGUGGAAAACCAUCAGUUCUGCGAAAGUUAACCAAUGAUCCUGCACAGACUGCAGCAGUGCGAGCUGAACUUCAUCGGCGCAGUAUUGAGCUAAUGAGGAUCAACAACCGGUCUAUGCAAGACAUGCAUAUAUUUGGUGAUCCUUCACGCAUUCCGAUUAUAAUUGUAGAACGUGUUGUUAAUGCACCGUUGCGUUCUACCAGUGGACAUUCAUACUUCAGUUAUCUCAACCAGAAAAAUACGUCUGGCUUGCUCACUGAUAUUAGCUCUAAGGCCAAAAACAAAUCAUCUGUUGCUAGCAAUCACCAAAACGGUCGUGUUUUGAAGAUUGUUGUCUUUGUACAUGGUUUUCAGGGACAUCAUCUGGAUUUACGGCUUGUUCGGAAUCAAUGGCUUUUGCUAGAUCCCAAAGUAGAGUUUCUUAUGUCAGAGGCGAAUGAGGACAAAACAUCUGGAGACUUCAGAGAAAUGGGACUAAGGCUGGCUCAAGAAGCAACUACUUUUAUUAAGAAGAAAAUGGAUAAAGCCUCGAGAUCUGGAAAUUUAAAAAGUAUCAAGCUUAGCUUUGUUGGCCAUUCUAUUGGAAAUGUCAUCAUAAGAACUGCUUUAACAGAGGGCAUCAUGGAGCCAUACCUAAGAUACCUGUGUACAUAUCUUUCUAUAUCCGGUCCACAUUUAGGUUAUCUGUACAGUACAAACACGUUAUUUAACUCUGGGCUGUGGCUCCUGAAGAAGCUCAAGGGCACACAGUGCAUUCAUCAGCUUACUUACACGGAUGAUUCAGAUCUCCAAAAUACUUUCCUGUACAAACUCUGCAAGCAAAAGACACUAGAGAACUUCAAGAAUAUAAUUCUGUUAUCUUCACCCCAGGAUGGCUAUGUUCCUUAUCAUUCUGCCAGAAUCGAAAUGUGCCAGGGCGCUGCAGGAGACAACUCGAAGAAGGGCAAAGUCUUCCUGGAGAUGCUGAACUCUUGCUUGGACCAGAUACGAUCACCAUCACGUGAGCAUAGGCUGUUCAUGCGAUGUGAUGUCAAUUUCGAUACAUCAACCCAAGGCAGGAACUUAAAUACCUUAAUUGGACGCGCUGCUCAUAUUGAGUUCCUGGAGUCUGAUGUUUUUGCAAGGUUUAUCAUGUGGUCUUUCCCGGAUCUAUUCGAAUGAUUGUUUGUGGAUUACCGUCAUUUGUAAUUUCUGUGUCAUUCCAGCUUCUUCUUCAUCCUGCACAUUCUGAACUGGUAGUCAGCUAAUGAUGCCCCUUGCCCAGAAUAAAAUUCUUUAACGAAUUAAAGCAUCUUAGACCGUGUUGGACAAAAAAGUCCCCUCUCUGGAACUUCUGAUCCUUAAUCUUCAGCAACAGACUUAAUCAGUAAACCAAGAAUUAUCGCUGAUGGUCUACUAGUAGUUUUACUGGUGCGUUUUUUCUCAAAAAGAAGCUGAAUUCUUGACAUUAGGGCAGACAAUGCUGACUUGAAGCCCGACUCAAAUUAGAAGGGAAGUUAUUAAAAUUCUUGGAUGGAAGGGAAUUUUAGAGAUGUAAUUAUUUCUGUAGGUGAAGAUGAUUUGACUGGUUCUGAUUCCUUGUUUGAUAAAUACUUUUGGAGUCGUGAUGAAUUUUAUAAUUCAUACACGGGAGGAAGGUGUUGUGGGGGAUUGGCAGAGACGGAGUGAUUGUUUGGAAAAUCAAAAGCAUCACAUGCUGGGGAUCAGAUCUUUAUGCAACUAUUGUGCAAUGUAAUAAAGUUCAGGUGUACCAUCUCCGUUUUUCUUUUGCUUGUAAAUUAAGCGAGGAAUUUGAUGUUGAUUCUAUGGAAGACAUUGCGAUAAAAAUACAUAAUUUUUUUGUAUUUUCAACACACAACUGAAAUAAGGUCAUGUUUGUUUGGA